AUGGCUUGGUGCUCCGGGCAGAGGGGAUGUGCGUUAACACGUGACGUCCUUCUUUUGGAUGCAGUGCGGUUGUGCGCGGGCGUGCCAGCACGGUCUACCAUGCGUCGAGAUGGUGAUGAGUGGUGGUGUCGGUGGCGGGUUUUAGGUGGUGCUCCGGCGCGUUGCUCAGAGAGCGACAAUCAUAUGAUAUAUGGGGUGAAUGAGAUGAUAACAGAGAUGGUGCUCCGGCACCUUGAAAAUCAAGGGUUUCUUGAGCUUAGUAUUCAUAGGGAGAGUCCUGGAGGGACAAUCGAUGCUGAAAAGAUCUGCAUGGUGGAGCCUGAUCAGGGCAAGUGGGUAGUCAAGUCGGCAUUUGGGAUCGUGAAGCAUGGUGGUGUGACCCCCAUAAAUCCCGGUAAAUCUCGGCCACCGCCCUGA